CAAACACAAGCAUUCAGCUCCUCUGUGUUUAGUGGCUUUACCUGCAGCGUACUACUCUCAGUCAACAUGACUUCUGUCAAUGAUCUCCAAAGCCCUCUGGUAGCUGUGCUGAUAUGGCUACUGAAUUUUGAGUCUUGCUUGUCUCAUUAUGAAGAGAAUUCCACCACAAACUAUGACGACAUAUACAACGACUCCACUGUGGACUAUAGCGACUUUCCUGAGGUGUGUGGGAAAGACUCAAACCGCCAGUUCCGCCUCUGGUUUAUGUCUACCUUCUACUCCAUCAUCUGCAUUCUGGGACUGGCAGGGAACCUCCUGGUCAUCCUCACCUUCUUCUACUUCAAGCGCCUGAAGACCAUGACGGAUGUGUACCUGCUCAAUCUGUCCUUUGCAGACUUCCUCUUUGCUCUGACGCUCCCCUUCUGGGCGGCCAACUCCAUGGCAGAAUGGGUGCUGGGCCUGGCAGUGUGCAAAUUCAUGCACACUAUUUACAAGGUCAGCUUCUACAGCAGCAUGUUCCUUCUUUGUUUCAUCAGCGUGGACCGCUACUUUGCCAUCUCCAAAGCUGUCUCUGCACAUCGCCACCGCUCACAAGCAGUGUUUUUCAGCAAGGUGUCAUCAGCUAUCAUUUGGGUGAUGGCACUGAUCUUCUCCAUUCCAGAAAUGUCAUAUACCACUAUCAAUAACAACACCUGCACCCCUUACUCCAGCAACACUGACCAGCUCCGUGUCACCAUCCAGACGAGCCAGAUUGUUUUGGCUUUUGCCCUCCCACUGCUGGUCAUGACCUUUUGUUACAGCAGCAUUAUCCAGACCCUUUGCCAGGCGCGUAACUUUGAACGAAAUAAGGCCAUCAAGGUGAUUCUGGCUGUGGUAGCUGUCUUCCUGCUCUGCCAGGUGCCUUACAACCUGGUCCUAUUUUGGACCACGGUUGUCACAGCAAAAGGGGGGACCAAAGACUGCAACUAUGACAACAGACUCCUCUAUGCCACUGAUGUCACCCAGUCUGUUGCCUUCCUGAGGUGCUGCCUGAACCCCUUUGUCUAUGCCUUUAUUGGUGUGAAGUUUCGUCAUGACCUCCUGAAGCUACUGAAGGACUUUGGUUGCAUGAGCCAGGAGAGGUUCUACAGGUAUACCUGUGGCAGGAGGAGGAGCUCAGCAGCUACUGACACUGAGACCACCACCACGUUCUCACCUUAAAACUGCUGAUGACAGCCCAUCCACACCUGCAGACCAUGUGGUGCUGCUGGGCAUUAGGAUAGAAAGCCCGUAUCAACAAUAUAUUUUGCAUGUACAAGGCAGAAGUUAUCAUAUAAAUGAUGUUCUUGUGAAGUUUUACUGUUUUUUGUUGUAGUUGUCAAGGUCUGGGUGAUCACUUUUUAAAAAUUUGAUAUAGUGUUUGAAGAAAUUCAGUGUUAAUGAAAAAAAAUCUACACCGCUUUAACUUUUAUUGCUUUUAGCAUUUGAACACCACCCAAGUUAAAGCAUUGCGCAUUUUGUAUUCUUCAUUGAUUUUGCCAUAUUUUGAGUAUGGCGUUGAAAACUGG